AUGGUUGGAACGAACGUAUCCGCGCCCCAUCCCAACUCCAACCUUCUCGAUUCUACCGACGUCGUUAAGGGGGAACUGAAGAUAUUGCGCCAGCAAAGCGGGAAGCUCGCAACGGGCCUAGGCGACCCAGGUUUCUGCGUAAACGACGACGUUCACCGUAUAAGGCGACAGGAAAUUCGGAGGCUGGUCAUUUGA